AAACCCUUUUGAGUCUCCUUACAGGAGAGAAAGCGGGGAGAUAAAUCCAAACCUCCUUCUCUCUACGUUUGCAAAGGCGCCCUCUGCACGUGCUCAGAGGCUCCCUCUCCUGCGUGCUUACUCCUCGGGCUGGCAGGAACUGGCAAAGCCCAGCCUCAAAACGAAACCCUCGAAUCGGGAGCCGCGGCCAGGUGCCCUACCCUUCCUGGUGCUCCUCCAGGCCUCGCCCUCCGUUUUGGAUAACAGCCCAGAGGAGGGCAAGAAAGAGGGAUCACAUGGGAAGGAGGAGAAUCAACACGCUGCAGCCGGGAUGCCGGAGAGAGGAUGACUCGAAAUCCCAUCUAUGAUUAUCCGGAGCCCUAUGCCAAUCCCCGGCAUGAAUCGCAGACAUCGCCACAGAACAUCAGUCUGGUGGGCCGGCUGCGGCUCACCCAGCCUCUUUGGCUCCAGAUGGGUAUAAAUUCAGCUGCAGCCCUUCACAUUUUGCAACGUGAACCUCCCGGGACCUUUCUGGUGCGCAGAUCAAAUACACGUCAAUGCCAGGUUCUCUGUCUGCGUCUCCCAGACAAUUCAUCUCCAGUUUUUGUGACCACCUAUUGUCUCCACCAGGAGCCUACAGUCAUCUCACUAGAGGGCUCCGACAUGAAGUUUCCCAGCCUCUUGCAUCUCAUUGCCUCCUACUGCUGCUCACGGGAUAUCCUCCCUCUUCCUUUGCACCUUCCCCAGCCCAUCCGGAAGGCUUCAUCCUGCCAACAGCUGGAGGCCAUUGCACAUUUAGGACUUGAAUUUUGGAGCUCGUCCUUCAAUACCAGGGAACCUGCUCAGCCAACCCCACCGGUGUCCCCUCUGAGUGUGGGUGUGAACCCUCUGCUGCUUUCUCUGUAUGACCCUCAAGGACAGAACAGCAAGCCUUUGGCUUCUGCAGAUCCCACCAGAGAUCUGUCAUUUUCUGGAAUGCCACAGGGGGACGUGGGCGCCCGGCGUCAACACUUCAAAAGCAGCAUCAAGGUGCGAGUGUCCACAGAGGCUGCCAGCCCCCUUUCUCCUCCAGCUGCCCCACCACCCCCUAUUCCAGUUUGGAAGAAGAAGAAUCCACCCAAACCACCUCAGCUUCCUGCCUCUUGUGGGAGCAGUUGGUCUUCCAACUGUCAUUCAUCACCUCAAGUUUCUUCACAAGCCGUAAUGAGGUCAAACACCUACCACGUGCCCUGCAGCAAUGGUGGGACCAAGAAGAAGGAAGCCAGGCAUCAGUUUGGAGCCUCCUUUAAUAUAUCCCCUGUCCCCUCCUCGGGUCGGCUGCUACGUGUUACAGAAGAGGAACAGACAGAGUGGAGUAAUAAAGGUUCUGACUUGGGCCAGCACCCACCUCGGGACAUCUCACCCUCAGAGAAGGGCGUGGCAGGCCCUGGAGUAUCAGGCUUCACUUUUUCACCCUCUGAGCCUCCUUGAGCAAAAGUUGAGCUUCUGUGGAACUUUGCAGAGGUGGGCUUGUAGUUGAAAAGGAUGGAAAUCUAGUGGUCAAAGCAGGGAGCAGAGAGUUGGGAACAAAAAAUCCCUGGAUCCUCUCUGAGUUCUUUGGAGCAAACUUUGGGAGUUGGUUUCCUGUUUUUCCUGUAAAUUGCUACCCAGUUUUCCUGUGUUUUUUUUCCUGUAAAUUGCUACCCAGAUUUUUACUUGGCUCCCUUUGUGAGCACAUGGUCACACCUUGCCAGUCAGUCCCUCCUGGAACCCUGACUUUGUCUAAGUCUGUGGUCUACUUGGAUUACUGGGUACCUGGACACACAUAAGUCAUCCCAGAUGACACCUCCACAUAGCAAAUGAUAGUAAUAUUUCAAUCUGCAUUUCCUUGCUUUCUGUUCUUUCCUCUCCGUCCCUGCUAUUCUGUGAGGUUUAUUUUGCAGCACUGUUUUGCGCAGACACUGGAACUGUGUUAUGGGUAUUGCGAGGUUUUGUUGUUCAAUGCUGUAAUAUAUUUUAAUAUUUUUUUCGCCCUUGGCCUCUCUUCCCCCAUAUUUCAAUAUUACUUUGACUACAUGCUUGUAUCCCUGUUUUCCCUCAAUAAACUUUAUCUGAUCAUUCUA